GUCACUCUGGCAGUUUUGUUCUCGAUUUUGUCGCCGUUUUUUGUAUUCCUCCCGUCCGGUGUUAAAUUUUAUUUUACACUUCGCGUGCGACAUAUAUACAGGCAGCUAUAGCCGACCGAUAUCGGCGAUUGAGGCAUGUGCGCCGCCGAAGCGGUCAAAGUGAUACUCGCUUGAAUAGUGAGCAGUGUAGAAUUUGCCGUGUGAUAGAAGUACGUGAUGAUUUUCCGCAAAUAGUGGAUAAAGGCGAGCCCACACGCAUACCAGCGCAAAAUAUAUACAUAAAUCGGGCGAAAAUAUAGUGCCCCGUGUUUGUGCGUGCGUAAACAAGCUUCUCUAAAAGAAACAAACAACAACAACACAACAAUGUCGGCACGUUCCAGCGGCUUGGUGGCCGCGGCGGCCCUUCCCGUCCCCUCGUCAUCAUCCUCGGCGGCCGGCGGCGACGUGCCACGCCCACCGCCCCGCCGGCGAGCGGCCUCUGUUGCGGGACAACAGCAAACCCGCCAGGAAUUUGGAAACGGACACACUCCCCGCAGAUCGUUGGCAGCAGUGAACGACUCUGGGGACUCGUGUCACCUGCGAAUCGUCGUACUCACCGGCCAGUCGCUGGCCAAAAAGGAUAUAUUCGGCGCCAGCGACCCGUAUGUCAGAAUCGAUUUGAACACAAUCAACGGUGAUAUUAAUAUUGACUCUGUUUUGACGAAGACCAAAAAGAAGACACUGAAUCCAACCUGGAAUGAAGAGUUCAUAUUUAGAGUUAAACCGUCUGAGCAUAAGCUUGUGUUUCAAGUGUUUGACGAGAAUCGCCUGACACGCGACGACUUCCUGGGCAUGGUGGAGCUGACCCUGGUGAAUCUGCCUACCGAGCAGGAGGGUCGCACCAUCGGAGAGCAAAGCUACACUCUGCGCCCGCGCAGGUCAGUAGGCAGCGCCAAAUCCCGCAUCAAGGGCACCCUGCGCAUCUACCAUGCCUUUAUCCGGGAGACGCGGGAGCAGAGCGAGCCAUCUAGUGGCAAUAGCGAUGGCGAAUGGGAGCACGUGGAGGCCACCAAUGCCGGUGAGACGUAUGCCCAGCCGCACCCAUUUCCUACUGGUGGCCACGAUGCCCUACCUGCUGGAUGGGAGGAACGCCAGGAUGCCAACGGGCGCACGUACUAUGUGAAUCACACGGCGAGGACGACGCAAUGGGAGAGACCUACUGUCUUAAACAGCCACAGUAGCCAAUCUACUGACGACCAGUUGGCCUCGGAUUUCCAGAGACGUUUCCACAUCAGCGUGGACGACACGGAGUCAGGACGUUCGGCGGACUCCAUCAGUCACAAUAGUAUAGAGGACAAUAACAAUGCUGCUGGCUUAGCAAAUACUCCAACAACAGCAGCCACCUCAUCGGCAACGAUCUCACCAUCCAACACCCCAACAAACAACAAUGGAAUUCCCGCACACAUUGCCAUGCAAAGUCGCGCAGAGGAAGAUCAAGAUCAAGAUCAAACAGUGGACCAUACCAGUUUUGUUUACAAUUCCCUGCGACAUCCUGUCGCCCAUAGGCAGCCCGAAAUCUCAGCGACCAGUUUGCAGAACGACCUGCGGCCGGUGCGGGAGGCUCCCGGUGUGCCGGAUAUAGCCAUAACCAACCUGUUGACGCGGCGGGCCGCGGGCAAUAUGGCCGGCGGUGCGGGAUGGCAGCAACAACGGCGGCGACAGCAGAUGCAAAUGCAUAUCCAACAGCAUCAGCAGCGGCAACAGCAACAACAGCAGAAUAGAAUAUUGCUUGAUGUGGAUCAUCGUCAGCAGGAGCCGCAACAUCGGGGUCAGAGACACCAGCAGCAACAUCGGUCAUCGAAUGAAGACACCGAUCACACAGACAGCCACAAUCCCUCUGACAUCUCAGCUCCGUCCACACGACGCAAUUCCGAGGAAGACAACGCGGCUGUGCCUCCCAUGGAACAAAGGAGUACUGGUGGUGAAGAGGAACCUCUGCCACCGCGCUGGUCGAUGCAGGUAGCCCCCAACGGAAGGACAUUCUUCAUUGAUCAUGCCUCCCGGAGGACCACUUGGAUAGACCCGCGCAACGGACGGGCAAGCCCUAUGCCAAAUCAAACUCGUCGCGUCGAGGACGACCUGGGUCCCUUACCAGAGGGCUGGGAGGAGCGGGUACACACCGACGGACGCGUAUUCUAUAUAGAUCAUAACACGCGAACCACGCAGUGGGAAGAUCCUCGCUUGUCCAAUCCAAAUAUUGCCGGUCAGGCUGUGCCCUAUUCUCGAGAUUACAAGCAGAAAUACGAGUAUUUCAAGAGUCACAUUAGAAAGCCUACAAAUGUACCAAAUAAAUUUGAAAUACGUAUUCGUCGUACGUCGAUACUGGAGGAUUCAUACAGAAUUAUUAGUUCGGUAACGAAGACCGAUUUACUAAAGACUAAAUUAUGGGUAGAGUUUGAAGGAGAAACUGGCUUAGAUUAUGGCGGCCUCGCAAGGGAAUGGUUCUAUUUAUUAUCAAAAGAAAUGUUCAAUCCGUACUACGGGCUAUUCGAGUACUCGGCUAUGGACAACUACACGCUCCAGAUAAACAAUGGCAGUGGUUUGUGCAACGAGGAGCAUUUAAGUUACUUUAAAUUCAUUGGCCGUAUUGCGGGCAUGGCUGUGUAUCACGGAAAGCUGCUAGAUGCCUUUUUCAUUCGUCCAUUCUACAAGAUGAUGCUGCAGAAGCCUAUUGACCUAAAGGACAUGGAGUCUGUGGACACGGAGUACUACAACUCGCUGAUGUGGAUUAAGGAGAACGAUCCACGCAUUCUGGAACUGACUUUCUGCCUGGAUGAAGACGUUUUUGGGCAAAAGAGUCAGCACGAACUAAAGCCCGGCGGCGCCAACAUAGACGUGACUAACGAAAACAAAGAUGAAUACAUUAAAUUGGUUAUCGAAUGGCGGUUUGUGGCACGUGUCAAGGAGCAGAUGUCGUCUUUCCUUGAUGGUUUUGGAUCGAUAAUUCCGCUGAAUCUUAUUAAGAUUUUCGACGAGCACGAACUGGAGCUACUGAUGUGUGGCAUACAGAACAUCGAUGUGAAGGAUUGGCGCGAGAAUACUCUGUACAAGGGCGACUACCACAUGAAUCAUAUAAUUAUCCAGUGGUUCUGGAGGGCUGUACUUUCCUUCUCCAACGAGAUGCGUUCUCGCCUGCUGCAAUUUGUUACGGGCACUUCACGCGUGCCCAUGAACGGUUUCAAGGAGCUUUACGGCUCAAAUGGUCCACAGAUGUUUACUAUCGAAAAGUGGGGCACUCCUAAUAACUUUCCAAGGGCACAUACCUGUUUCAAUCGCCUGGACCUGCCACCCUAUGAAGGCUACCUGCAACUGAAGGACAAACUGAUCAAGGCCAUCGAGGGCAGCCAAGGAUUUGCUGGAGUUGAUUAAUAACACCGGCAACGGGAGUGCAAGCGAAUGGCUUUGGCUGGAGGUGCAGCAACAGUUUCUGCAGCGACAGGAGGAGGAGCAGUUACAACGAUUCCACACAUCACAAGAACCACAAGAUCAACAACGACUUGAAGAGCAGCAACAGCGAAAUCAGCGGCAUAACCGCAACCUCAUUGCAUUCACUUGGAAUAGCACCGCCAGCAGAUCGUGUACUUAUUUGUUCGUUUGCUUUUGUAUUAUAAUCAUUUUUGCUAGUUUAGUGUUAUUUCGUAUGUAUUUUAACUAGGCGCCAAAACUCACACACAACACAUACACCUUAUACAAGCAGAGAAAGAAGGAUCCCAAUAAAGCUGCGCAUGGUGAACCACACGAACCUAACAAACGAGUCCAAAUUAUAUAUAAAUAUAUUUAUUACAUUGCCGACAAUUGUAAAAAGUUGAGAACGUUUUACAAACUAAGAGAGAUGAAUCCAAACUAACUAUUAAAUCUAUAGAGUCAAAAGUAUAUCUUGUAUACAUAUGCAGAGAAAACUUUUUAUAAUUGUUAUUUUUAUGCGCUAUUCCUCUAUACGUGCCCACAGCAAAAAACUAAAGGCGAAAAAAAUUAAAAUACAAUAAAAAAGUUAAUAUUUGUAAUCUGA